AUGGCCAAUUCUCACGCCCAGAUAGUCUUUGGCGGCGGCACCUUCGGCGCUGCCCUUGACUGGUCCACACCGGAGAAGGUGGAAGAGUUCCUUCAAGUCCUCGAACGGAACAACAUCAAGACUAUCGACACGGCCCAGAUCUACGGCACAAGCGAGGAACUUUUGGGGCAAACCAAUGCCCCGAAGCGCUUCGUCAUUGACACCAAGUUCGGCGGUGGCUUCAUCCCCGGACCCUCCACCAAAGACGUGGUGAUCAAAAGCGGCGAUGAGAGUCUGCAAAAACUGGGCACGGAUAGUGUGAACGUUUACUAUAUUCACGCGCCGGAUCGCCAGACCCCGCUCGAGGAAACCCUCGAGGGCAUCAACGAGCUUCACAAGGCAGGCAAAUUCAAGCAGUUCGGUCUGUCCAAUUUCCGCGCGGACGAGGUGCAGGAUGUCAUCCGCGUCGCCAAGGAGAAGGGCUACGUCCUCCCUUCCGUGUACCAGGGUAACUACAACGCCAUAUCCCGCCGGAUUGAGACGGAGUUACUGCCCGUCCUCCGGGAAAACAACAUCCGCUUCCACGCGUACAGCCCCAUUGCCGGUGGGUUCCUGACUAAGACGAAGGAGCAGAUCCUCAAUGGCGGCGAGGGCCGCUGGGAUCCGAACAGUCUAUUUGGUCAGGUCUAUCAUAAGCUGUACAAUAACCCUGCGAUGCUGGAGGCGCUGGAUGACUGGGGUGAGAUUGCGGCGGCGGAGGGAAUCGCCAGGGCAGAGCUGGCUUAUCGGUGGAUCUUCUUCCACUCGCAUAUCCGCGAAGACCUAGGGGAUGCGGUCUUGGUCGGUGCGACUAAGAUCAGUCAGCUUGAGCAGACGCUCGCGGCCAUCCAGAAGGGCCCUCUGGGUGCGGAGGCUGUAAAGCGGAUCGAUGCAGUUUGGGAGAAGAUCAAGGAUGUGGCUAUUUUGGACAACUUUAAUGCGUGA